AGAGAGAGAGAGAGAGUUUUGGGUAGCCUUGCCCUUUCCCAAGUAAACUCGCCUCUUUAAAUACUCUCCGAAUCGCAAACCAUCUGAGCUUCUCCGGCGGCGGCGGCGGCGACGACGACGACGAUGAUGAAGGGUCCCGGGCUCUUCUCCGAUAUAGGAAAGAAGGCCAAAGAUUUGCUCACCAAUGACUAUAUCAAUGAUCAGAAGAUAACUAUAUCGUCGGAGACGGCCACUGGCGUGGCUGUCACUUCUUCUGCCCUAAAGAAAGGGGGACUGUAUGCUCUUCAUGUUGGCUCAUGUUUUAAAUACAAAAAAUCCAUCAUCGAUGUCAAAGUUGAUACUGAUUCUAAUAUCUCUUCAACUAUUACUUUCACGGAACUUCUCCCAUCAACAAAGGCAAUUACUACUCUAACUCUGCCUGAUUAUAACUCUGCAAAGGUGGAGGUGCAAUAUUUCCAUGAUCAUGGCAGUUUGGCUUCUGUUGUGGGUUUCAAGCAGAACCCCAUUGUUGAUCUCUCUGCCACUGUGGGUGCUCAUGGUUUUGCCUUCGGUGCUGCAGUAGGCUUUGACACAGCUGUGGGGAAUUUUAACAAGUACAGUGCUGCCAUCGGUCUGACUAAGCCUGACUACAAUGUUUCCUUUAUUCUGGGGGACAAGGGAGAUACUCUUCGAGUUUUGUAUGUACACUAUCUGGAUGAAAAACAGAAGAGUGCUGUGGGUGGAGAGAUCAGCAGGAGGUUCUCAACAAAUGAGAACACUGUCACUGUUGGAGGGGCAUAUGCACUGGAUGAACUGACCAGAGUGAAGACAAGGCUCAACAACGCCGGGAAGUUGGGUGCCUUAUUGCAGCAUGAGCUGAAUCCCGGUUCGGUUCUUACAAUCUCUGGUGAGUUUGACACGAAAAACCUUGACCGGACUCCCAAAUUCGGUCUGGCCCUUGCCCUCAAACCAUGAUAAACAAGCAUUUGCAAGCAGGUUCAAAAUUAUGUGUAAUAAGUAGAGUUCAAAAUUAAGUUCCCCACUUUUGUGGAUGAUUCAUUUAUUCAUUCUAAUGGUUAGAGUUUUGGCCCAUCACUAUUACCGUUGUAGUUGUUGCAGAUUACUGACACGCUGAGGAGGCACUACACUCCUUAUUGUGAAUUUGUCAUAGGUUUUGGCUGUAGUUAGUUUCAAGUCUUGCAGAAUUCACCCUGCAGUUAUUCUUUGCUGUUGAUAAUUGUUAUUCAACCUGCAAGCCUAUUUGAUGUGCAAUUCAAAUGCUUCUC